AUGAAUACGCUAACACUGGCUAAUUUAUCACUUAUAUUGCGUAUUGGUGGCACUCUGUGUGUAACACAGAGAUCUUUAAUGUUUCCCAUCAGUUCUACUUUGAAAAAUUCGCUUAUGGGUUCGAUUCAAGAUUCUGCGGAUUUUGCCAUCAAAAUUCACCCCCCAAAGCAAGAAACUAACGAAAUAUUGGAAGAUAUUGACGAAAUCAAAUCGCUGGAGAUGAAGGAACUUAAUUACGAGAUGGAAGAUUAUGCCAGAGCCAAGCAAAAGAUGUUAAAUUUGCAUAAGAGGAGAAUUGAACAAAUUGUAUCUAAGGCAUUUGAACCACUUCAUGCUACACUAGUAUAUUAG